AUGGAGAGUGAUUCAUUGCAUACACGCAAAACCAUACAUCUAUUCGGAUCUGAUGGUGACAUUAAACGAUUUAGUCCAGAUGGUGUUGCCUUCGUGUACAGUCGAGAGAUGCGCUUACAUCUUAAACAAAUACUUGAAAACGACACUAUUCAGUGGAAAUUCCGAGCAGUUGGCCGUGUUGAGGAGAAAUGGACGAAUCAGGUCAAUGUACCCGGCUGCAACACCCAUGGCCAGGCUAAAAGAUGUCACGCAUGCUUUGCCGCGAUUAAAGGCAUUUGUGUUGAAGCAAGAUGA